AACUGACGUAUUUUUAACACUGGCAAAGCAGGCCGGGCAAAUUUGUUGAACAAGCGAGAAAUUCGUUGCCUUUUUUUAAUCCUACGUGCCCCUCACGAGCGUGGAAAUCUCGAACGGACUCGCUUCAGAACAUACAACAGCCACUGUUUCGAAAAAGCGCCGAACGGCCGGCUCCCGAAAUCGGAAAGCGCCAAACGCACACACGAUACCAUCACCAUACCAUAAUCAUCGCGGCCACGCUCCAAGCUUAGGAAUUUCUCCGGAAACCCGGACCAAGCGAUCUGUGCCUUUGCAACGGGUACUGCAGAAACGCAGCAAAAUUAACAACCUUGGGUGAGAAGAAACAACAGGCGCCAUGAGCGUGGACACGUACGCGCCCAGCUCGGCGCUCUCGUUCCUGGACAUGGACGACAAUGAGCUGCUCCCGGGAGCGGAUACGCAGCCCACGCAGUACGAUUACCGCGACUUUACCAUGCCCUCUACCUCGCAGAGCCAGACGCAGAACGAUCAGCUGGAGCUGCACCCACGCCGCUCCGGCGGGGACUCGAAUCCGCGACUGGCCAGCAUCACCAACGAUCUGGCCGAUCUGCAGUUCGAAGAGGAGGACGACGAGGGGGGCAGCUCGUAUGUGAAGGAGCUGCCGGCGCAUGCGUGCAAGUACUGCGGCAUCCACGAUCCAGCCACUGUGGUCAUGUGCAACAAUUGCCGCAAAUGGUUUUGCAACGGACGUGGCAGCACCUCUGGUUCGCACAUCAUCAAUCAUUUGGUGAGGGCCAAGCAUCGCGAGGUGACUCUCCAUGGGGAAGGUCCCCUGGGCGAGACUAUCCUGGAGUGCUACUCCUGCGGUGUGCGCAACGUCUUUGUGCUGGGCUUCAUUCCGGCCAAGGCCGAUUCUGUGGUCGUGCUGCUCUGUCGCCAGCCGUGUGCCGCCCAGAAUUCGCUAAAGGACAUGAACUGGGACCAGGAACAGUGGAAACCUCUGAUUGCGGACCGCUGCUUUUUGCCUUGGCUGGUAAAGCAACCCAGCGAGCAGGGACAACUGCGAGCGCGCCAAAUCUCAGCCGCCCAGAUCAACAAGCUGGAGGAGCUAUGGAAGGACAAUAUUGAGGCCACGUUCCAAGAUCUGGAGAAGCCAGGCAUCGACUCGGAGCCAGCACAGGUGCUGCUUCGCUACGAGGAUGGCUAUCAGUACGAGAAAACCUUUGGGCCGCUGGUCCGCCUUGAGGCCGACUACGACAAGAAGCUGAAAGAGUCGGCCACCCAGGAGAACAUCGAGGUACGCUGGGACGUGGGCCUCAACAAGAAGACCAUUGCCUACUUUACGCUGGCCAAGACCGACUCAGACAUGAAGCUCAUGCACGGCGACGAGCUUCGCCUGCGCUACGUGGGCGAGCUGUACAAUCCGUGGAGCGAGAUCGGCCACGUUAUCAAGGUGCCUGACAAUUUCGGCGACGACGUCGGCCUGGAGCUGAAAACCUCAUCGAAUGCCCCGGUUAAGUGCACCAGCAACUUUACCGUGGACUUCAUAUGGAAGUGCACUUCUUUUGAUCGCAUGACACGUGCCUUGCGCAAAUUUGCGAUGGAUCGCAACUCGGUGUCGAACUACAUCUACUCGCGCCUGUUGGGUCACGGUCGUCCGGACUCAAACGACGAGGUGCUGUUCCGCGGCGCCCAACCCAAGCUCUAUAGUGCCCCGCAUCUGCCCGAUUUGAAUCGCAGUCAGGUGUAUGCCGUAAAACACGCGCUUCAGCGACCGCUCUCGCUGAUCCAAGGGCCGCCCGGCACCGGCAAAACAGUGACAUCGGCCACCAUUGUUUAUCAGCUGGUCAAGCUGCAUGGUGGCACAGUGCUGGUAUGCGCACCCAGCAACACGGCCGUGGACCAACUAACGGAGAAGAUUCACCGCACAAACCUGAAAGUGGUGCGUGUUUGCGCCAAGAGUCGCGAGGCUAUCGAUAGCCCAGUCAGCUUCCUGGCGCUGCACAACCAAAUCCGCAAUAUGGAGACCAAUUCGGAGCUAAAGAAGCUGCAGCAGCUGAAAGACGAAACCGGCGAGCUGAGCUCAGCGGACGAGAAGCGCUACCGCAGCCUGAAACGUGCCGCCGAGAACCAAUUGCUGGAGGCUGCCGACGUCAUCUGCUGCACAUGCGUGGGCGCCGGCGAUGGACGUCUAUCGCGCAUCAAAUUCACCUCGAUCCUGAUCGAUGAGUCUAUGCAGUCGACGGAGCCGGAGUGCAUGGUGCCAGUGGUGCUGGGCGCCAAGCAGCUGAUCCUCGUGGGCGAUCACUGCCAGUUGGGACCGGUUGUUAUGUGCAAGAAAGCAGCUCGUGCCGGCCUCUCGCAAAGUCUGUUCGAGCGCCUGGUGGUUCUGGGCAUCCGUCCGUUCCGGCUGGAGGUGCAAUAUCGUAUGCACCCCGAGCUGUCCCAGUUCCCGUCCAACUUCUUCUACGAGGGAUCGCUGCAGAACGGUGUCUGCGCGGAGGAUCGUCGCCUUAAACUCGAUUUCCCCUGGCCACAGCCAGAGAGACCGAUGUUCUUCCUGGUGACCCAGGGACAGGAGGAGAUUGCCGGCUCCGGUACGUCGUUCCUCAACCGCACAGAGGCGGCCAACGUGGAAAAGAUCACGACCAGAUUCCUCAAGGCAGGCAUUAAGCCUGAACAAAUUGGAAUCAUUACGCCUUAUGAAGGUCAGCGCGCGUACCUGGUGCAGUACAUGCAAUACCAGGGCAGCCUGCACUCUCGCCUUUACCAGGAGAUCGAGAUCGCCAGCGUGGACGCGUUCCAGGGACGUGAGAAGGACAUCAUUAUCAUGUCAUGCGUGCGAUCUAACGAGCGUCAGGGAAUCGGCUUUUUAAACGAUCCUCGUCGCCUUAACGUGGCCCUUACCCGAGCCAAGUAUGGCAUCAUCAUUGUGGGCAAUCCCAAAGUGCUAGCAAAGCAGCAGCUGUGGAACCAUCUGCUCAACUUCUACAAGGACCGUAAGGUGCUCGUGGAGGGAUCGCUGAACAACCUCAAGGAGUCGCUCAUCCACUUCCAGAAACCCAAGAAGCUCGUCAACAGCAUGAACAUUGGGGCACACUUUAUGUCCACCAUGAUUGCCGAUGCCAAGGAAGUAAUGGUCCCGGGCUCCAUUUACGAUCGCAGUGGCGGUUACGGCCAAGGUCGCCAAAUGCCCGGUCAGACCAUGAAUGGCGGGCAGUACGGCGGCAAUGGAGGUGGUGGUCCCUACGGGAACUCACCCCUCGGUUACGGUGCUCCCAGCUCCAAUUCCAUGAUGGGCUUUGGCCUGGGCAGCGGAGGCAAUGGUGGUGCCGGUGGCAACAACAACUUCGGAAGCGCUGGCGGGACCGGACCCAGUUGGGCGGCUGCCCACCUGCACCACGACUCCAUUGGCUACAUAUCCAACGAGCACGGAGCAGCAGCGCUCGGCAACAUGCCAGUCCCGGUUGGCAUGUUCAUGAACAUGAGCAAUCUUCCGCCGCGGUUCUAUAACCAGCACCAGCAGGCGAUCAUGGCGGCCAAGCAGAAUCGCGCCAUUCAACAGCAAUCGGGUAACUUCUCUCCGUCGAAUUCGGGAGUUGGAAUCACUGGAGCCGGAACAGGCGUCUCUCUAGCCGGCAAUAAAAAGACCCAGAAACUGGGAAAAUCGCGCGCAACGGGUGGUGUGAUUGGUGGAGCACCGGCAACUGGAGGACCAGGCGGGCAGACGGGUUCGGUGUGCAGUGCUACUCCGUUCAGUCAGCAACCGGUGCCUUUGUCGCUGCAGAUGACGCAGCCUAGCGGAUUUGCUCUUUCACAGCAGCCGGAACUUUCGCAGGACUUUGGGCAAAUAUCGCAGAUGGACGGUUUGUUAUCCCAGGAUGUCGCCUUUAACGUGUCGGGCGAGCGCAGUUUGAAUCAGUUCUCACAGCCUUAUUGAGAAUCCGGCCGGAGGUGCACCAACUACAAACGAUAACAAGCAACCCAAACGAAACAACAACAAACUCAACUUUGAAGUCAUCAUCAAGGAGUAGCAUCAGUAGGCAGCAGGAACAAAGCAAAGAGAACUAUCACGGGAACAACGACAGAUGCGGGAAACAAUGCGAAAAUGCGACCUAGGAACAUGAGGACAAAGCGGGACAUUAAAGACGGCAAAUCGAGACGAAACAGUGUGACAGAUGGAGACGGAGAUGGCAAGAUGUGGACUGAGUGGAGUUAAGAUGAAGACUGAGACGGAGGAGGAGGAGGGAUGUCAAAAGAUCGAAAAGGAAAUCGAGAGCAAAUCACUGUAGGCUGCCAGGAUGCAAUGCUGCUGCAGCCGCUGUUCCCGAAACGCCGCGGGCCAUGGAGUCAUAGCCAGGCGACUUGCCACUGGCCACCGGCCAUUGGCCAUUGGUCAGGAGUGCGCUCCUUAGGCGGAGUUCGCCCAUGGAUGAGUCAACCUGCCAGCAAGGCGCCACAAAAGAUGCCCUUGAAACGACGAUGGACAACUUCUCGACACGUUUCAUUUCUGUUUUGCCAGCCAGGAUUCGCAGCCGGAGCCUAACACGCAAAGACGCAAUCACUCCCGCCCAGGACACGUAUUCACCAAGUGGCUUACCUUCUAACCUUAUUCUGGCCUCCAGUGCAGCAGCCAAUCUUUAGCUCCUGUUCUAACAUUUUUCCCACCCAAAGCGGUUUACUCACACCGAUCCCCAUAUAUGUAUGCCCACUGUUGUACAUUUUUUGGACUCUUUUUUUGAUUACUGUAUGCAUUUGUUAUCCUAACAAACACGAUAUAAAAUCAAACAAAACAAACAAAAAAAUCAAGACGAAACAAAAUCAAAUUCAAAAAAACAUGGAUACACCAUUUUCAAUCGCACGGGAACGCUGGCGGAUCCCCCAAAGCGGAUGCAGGCUUCCAGCGCUGUUCGGAAAUCGAAUGAUUGAUAAGGAAACGCAUUGCGAUAUUUCAAUCUAGGUACACAACAAACAUUUACAAACCGAACCAACGGAGUAAAGGGUCAAGAUCAGAAAAGGUUAAUAAUUAAUAAUAUUAAUGCAGUUACAGAUGCCUGUUCAUUGUUUUUAAAACGACAUGAGAAUGGUAUAUUUUUUCUAUAUAUUGUGAGUUAAUUCUUCCUCCAUGCGACUCUUUGUUUCAAGAAAAUGGAACUUUUUUUUUUGAAAUUCAAAAUAAAGAAUUUAAGUUUUCCCUUGCGAAAAAACCAAUAA